AUGAGAUGCGAGGGUGUGUGGACCUUAGGGCGGGCAGCGUGCGAGCUGGGUCGGGCGGGCGGCGCGCUACGUGCGUCGUGCGGAACGCGUGGAGCUCGCGUGCGGCGCGCGUUUGGGACGCGCGCGUCUUUGCCCGGCUCGCCGGAGGCUGCGGCCCGGGCGGGAUCGAUGCGGGCGGCGGGCGGCGGCGGAGUGCAGCAGCUGGGAGGCUGCGCCGCGCCCCGCUCCGCCCCGCACCGCACCGCACCCCGCCGCGCGCACGCGCCCGCUAGCUCGCGAAUCUGCCGCGCCGCCGCGCCGUCGCCGUCGCCGACGACGUUUCAAUUCCCUCUUCAUCCCGAACUGAUUUACGAUAUGUUCUAUCUUAUAAUGAUAUUUUUUGUCUAG